UUAAGUAUAUUGAAAUAGAGGCCAAGUCAUCAGCUCGUUCUAUGUAUGAGGCAAACGCGAAACGAUUGUACGAGGUACCAAAACUUUGCCCUACCUAUAUACCCAAGGUUGAUUUAGUAGAAGGUAAAUGGGAAGAUGUGGGUGCUGUCGUGAACUUUCAUCUCGCACACGGGGGGAAAACUGUAAUUUCCAAGGAGAUCAUAGAGAGCAAAGAUGACGAAAAACUGUCGGUUACUUUCAAUCUGAUAAGAGGGGAAUUAGUGGAAGAGGCAUACAAAAGUAUCAAGUUCACUUUUCAGGCCAUUCCCAAGAAAGAGGGAUGCUUGAGCCGUUGGAGUAUUGAUUAUGAGAAACUUAACCUGGAUAUUCCAGAUCCAAAAGAAUUGCUUCCGUUUGCAGCUGAUCUUACCAGAGAGAUAGAUGAUACUCUUAUGAAGAUCAGCCAGGAGUAGUAGAUGUGAACAAAAACAUGAUCACAUUCAUAUAGCAUAUAUAUAUAAGUACCUUUAUUUUCUAAAAAGUAAAGUACGUAAAAAGGUACCCUUUCCUGCAUAAUGUUGUUGGUUUUUUUUGUUUGAGCAGCUACCUCGUGUCUUUCACGGUGGAUCUGAUCCAUCUCUCUCAAUUUAUGCUUAUAAUAAGCCUGCAAACGAAACUUCCUUA